CCUCCAACAACACAACGAACGGCUUCAUCGGACCGGUCGGGAUCCGUUCCGAAUCCGCACCCGAACUUGAGUCGUUGGUCAUCCUUCGUUUCACCUUGAUCGGACGCUGUAGAGCAACUCGUACCAUGUCCAACGUCUCGUUCGCACUUGAAGACAUCUUUGGCGUCAAGGGACAGGUCGUACUCGUCACUGGUGGAGGCACAGGAAUAGGACGAGCCAUCGCGAGUGGAUUUGCAUGCAAUGGAGCAAAAGUCUAUAUCACGGGACGUCGACUCGACGUACUGAAGAAGACAGCCGAGGAGAUUGGCAAGCUCACUCGCAUGGGCGGGGAGGUGAUACCUCUUCAGGGAGAUGUAUCUACCAAGGCCGCCGUUCAAACGAUAGCAGAAGCAUUCGGAGCGAAAGAAGAAAGGCUCGACUCGCUUAUCAACUGCGCCGGGAUCUCGAAACCUUGGAGGACAGAGAUCAAGGAUCACAAUGAUCCCGAACAAGUGCUACAAGCCAUGCAGGCUACUGAGGAUGAAGACUGGGAGAUCACCAAUCAGAUCAACGUCAAUGGUGUCUACUAUAUGACCACCUUUAUGAUCCCAUUCUUGCGAAAGGCAUCUCAUCCGAGUGUCGUGAACAUUGCCUCCAUCGCCGGUCUAGCUAACCAACGGGCAAUGGGAAGUCUGACGUAUGGAGUCAGCAAGGCAGCCACGAUUCACCUUGGCGAUCUUCUCGCUGGCAGGUUGCAUCCGUUCAAGAUUCGCGUCAACACCAUCUGCCCCGGGAUCUUUCCCUCUGAAAUGACGGGCUCCUCAGGCACAACAGCGUCCGACCAUGAGAAGAUGGGUCAUGCGGCGCAAAAAGCCGCCUUGAGGUCGACUGUCGGUCGGGCGGGACAACCUGAAGAGAUCGCUGGACCUGUGAUGCUUCUCUGUAGUCGUGGUGGACAAUUCAUGGAUAACGCAUUGCUUACCGUCGAUGGAGGGCGAUUGAUGGGCGCCGGGAUAAACGAUGGUAUUCGGAUGCCAGAGCACACUUUUACUUGAGGGCCCGCAUACUUUUACUUGAGGUAGUGGCCUUAAGAAUCGAGACAUACUAUGCAUGACAAGCAUGUAGGUGUAGGGAAGGAAGGGGGGUUUUGAGAGGGGACCACUUUGGCUUGCUUCGUGCGUCGCGCUUCGUGGGUUACUUGCUUUGCG